AUGAAGAAAGAAGAAGGAAAAAGGAAUUAUGAUGGAGAACAUGGUAUAAAAUCAAAAUGUAAAGUUGCUUCGAAAAAAUUGAAGAUUGAAGUAAAGAGUGAAGAUUGUAAAGAUGUUCAUCUUCCAGAUGAUAAUGAACAAGUAAUGCCUGUCAACAAUGGAUUCUUCACUCCGGACAAAAACUUUAACAAGGAUGAAAUAAACAUCCAAAUUGAGAAGGAAAAGCAAAUUCGGGAACACGAUAUUCAGCAGAAUUCAAAGAAGCGAAAGGGUUAUAAAUAUAAUAUCAAAACAAAGAGAUACGUACCUUUCAGUCGAAAAUGCAAUAAAAUUCAUGAUAAAACUAAAAGAAAAUACUUCAGGAUUAUGUUGGCAUCUUAUUCUAAAGAACAAUUUACGUGUGAUUUAUGUAAACAGACUUUUACAAAUAAGAGAAUAUUACAAACACAUUUGUUCUGUCAUAUUAGAAAACAACCAUUUCGCUGCACAACCUGCAAUGAGAACCAUCUGGAAAUGGAGUGA